AUGCUAGCAUCUCUCCCACCAGAAAUCCUCGAAAACAUUUGCGACAAGCUCAGCGGUAUCGACCUCCAACGGCUGUCGCUGACGGCAAAAUGGCUACACAAGAUAACAUUUCGCCAACUCUGGCGCUCCCUGACUAUUAAACCGUAUCCCGAGAGCGAGCGACAUUGCAUAAACCCUUAUGGACCACCGCAAUAUUGCCUCCAGUAUACGAGAGAGCUCCGCUUCGAUCCUGGUGUUGACGCAGACCCGAAGCGAUGUAUCCAUGCUGGUGACUGGCUUGGUUACAUGGGCAACUGGACUGACAAAGUUCCUCUUCAUCAGUAUACUUGGGAGGCUAGGGGCGAUAGUUUUGGGUUAGAAGGCGGAAAGCUUGUGAGGGUAAAGUUUGAGUGUCUUGCGCAAAGGGCUGUGAUUUUGCUUAAUCGUUUCAAUGCCGGGCAACUCGAAUCGUUUAGCUGGUACUAUACUUCUUGUAUCCCCUGUGAGAUUCUCGAGAUUCUGUGUCUCAAGCAUCCCUGCAUCCAGAGCCUCAGCCUCGUCACAGAUCCCUUCUGUAGCAGAUUCAACCGCUGGAGUCGAACAUCUGACAUAGAUCUCUCGGCGUUUCUUAACCUUCGACGACUCAGCUGGAAAGCACCUAUGGGUUGUCAUUUCGACAACAUUGCUAGCCUUGUCAAGGCCAAUGCGAGACAUCUCGAGGAACUGGAAUUGGAGCUGCACGGCUGGUCUCCAGAUCAUGAGAGUCGUGAGUCCACGGCUGUUCAUCCUGGGGAAAAUCUUGAAGUAUGGGAUAACAUACCAGCGAGCGCUAUGCUUGCUCGGAAGACGUUUGGUCUCGAGGUGACGACCUCGAAAGCAGCUGAGCAGAUAUGCUUUCCGAAGUUGCGAAGGUUAAAAAUUACCAGGGUCGCUCUGAGAGAUGAGAACACUGGUAUACAAGUCUUAGCCUCUUCCAUUGACUCCAGUGCUCGGAGGCUACUGUCGUGCGUACUGGAUAAUCUUCCUAUCUAA